GUGUCCCUUUACUUCAAAAUGCUUAGAGAGUCUCAACACACCUUAGCAACAGUAGCACAGUAAUCUGUUCCAGAAAAAUUAAAAAACACGAGCACCAUAAUGUCAACACCAUCUGCUAAUCUGAAAUGGGUAUAUUUGCAAAUAACACUAGUAAUUGUGAUGGUUUUCUUGAAGAGUACUGUUGCUUCGUUUUCUACCAUCAAGAAUCUGCCUGGAUUUUCUGGUCCUCUUCCUUUUAAACUUGAAACUGGAUAUGUGGAGGUGGGUAAGAAGGGAGAUGUGCAACUUUUCUACUACUUCAUUGAGUCUGAAAGGAACCCAAGAGAGGAUCCUCUUCUUCUUUGGCUCACUGGAGGCCCUGGUUGCUCUUCUCUUUCUGGACUUAUUUUUGAAAUAGGGCCUUUGCAAUUUAACAUUGUUGAGUAUAAUGGGAGUUUACCCACUUUGAAAUUGAAUCCACAUUCUUGGACAAAGGUCUCCAGUAUUAUAUUUUUGGAUGCACCUGUUGGCACUGGAUUCUCAUAUUCAAGAAGCUAUCAUAGUUCCGAGACUGGAGAUACAAUACAAGCGAUUCACACUUACACUUUUCUUAAAAAGUGGCUACUCUCUCACCCAGAAUUCAUAAAAAAUCCACUCUAUAUUGCUGGAGACUCAUAUUCUGGCAUGGUUGUUCCAGUCAUUACUAAGCAAAUAUCAAUUGGAAUUGAACUUGGAGUGCAACCUCAGAUCAACCUCAAAGGUUAUUUGCUUGGUAAUCCAGCAACAGAUUACAAGUUCGAUGAAAAUGCAAGAAUCCCAUUUGCUCAUCGGAUGGCACUUAUUUCCGAUGAACUCUAUGAGUCAGCGAAAAGGAACUGCAAAGGAGAGUAUGUUGAUGUUGAUCAUAAAAAUAUAAAGUGCAAGAACGAUCUUCAAUCUAUCUCAGAGUGCAUUUCAAGAAUAGAGAUAACGCACAUACUGGAGCCCCAGUGCAAUAUUACUUUCAGACUAUUAAACCAGAUUGACAAAUUCCGAAGAUACCUUAUAGAUAACAAUGAAGAUUUCUUGCUUAUACCUCCUCGUUUUCCUCAUCCUGGAUGUAGAAACUAUAAUAGUUUGCUCUGCAACAUAUGGGCUAAUGAUGCCAGUGUUCAAAUAGCACUUCAGGCUUCGAAGGGAAAAUUGAGAGAAUGGAUGAGAUGCAAUCAAAGCUUGUAUUAUAUGCAUGAUGUCCAAAGUACUAUAGGCCAUCAUCUGUAUCUCAAUACCAGAGGCUAUCGAGCUUUAAUAUACAGUGGGGAUCAUGACAUGAUUAUUCCUUACUUGGGAACUCUCUCAUGGAUCAAGUCUAUGAAUCUUUCCAUUGUUGAACAUUGGCGGCCAUGGCUAGUUGAUGGUCAAGUUGCGGGUUACUUGAUGGAAUUUUCGAACCAGUUUAUGUUUGUGACUGUCAAGGGAGGAGGUCACACACCUCCGGAGUAUAGGCCCAGGGAAUGCUUUGCCACGUUCAAAAGGUGGAUUUCUGGAGAAUCUCUGUGAUUGUGAUGACUAGUUAAAAGAUUGAGAACAUAAUUUCUAGUUUUUUCUUUUUAUUUCAAUAAAAUGAAGGAAAUGCCAACUAAAAUGGAGAUCAGAUAUUUGUCCUAGCACUUGGAAGUUGAAACUUUUAGAAAUGCAUUUCAAUUGGAGGAACUCAAAUUUGAGAGCUCU